AUGGAUCCUCGGGCCGGGUUUCGGGCCAUCUGUAUCGGGGCAUUCUUCCUAGUCUCGUCCGUGGCUGCCAUCGUAUAUCUUGGUCUCGAUACCGCCGGUGCGAGGUGGUGUCGAUCGUCCUCAGAGUCAAAUCCUUGGGCGUUCUUCACCAUGCAGCUCGUUAACCGUUUGCUCGCUUCAUUCCUUACCGCGAGUACUGUGUUACAAACAUGCUGGGCUCAGUCGGGCGUCCCGGAGACGUACACUGACUCUGAAACGGGUAUCACGUUUGAUACGUGGUCGGCACCUGCUGGUACAGGUAACGGUGGACUCGUCUUUGGUGUAGCUCUGCCGGCGACGGCUUUGACCACGGAUGCCACCGAGUUUAUCGGUUAUCUGAAAUGUAACUCCAAAGAUGCCGUGGCCGCUGGCUGGUGUGGCAUCUCCUUGGGUGGCGGUAUGAACAACAAUCUCUUGCUCGUGGCCUACCCGAACGAGAAGUCCAUCUUGACCUCCCUGCGGUUCGGCACGGGAUAUAGCAUGCCCGGUGUCUAUGCAGGCGAUGCCAAUGUCACCCAGAUCGCGUCGCGGAUUAGCGAUACUGCCUUUGAGCUGCUUUUCCGUUGCGAGAACUGUCUGACAUGGAACCACAAUGGCCAAACCGGAAAGGCGACCACGAGCAAAGGUAGGUUAGUAUUGGGGUGGGCGCAGGGCUCGGCAAACCCAGAGAACCCGGCUUGCCCGGACACUAUCAGCUUAGCGCAGCACGACAACCAGGGGAUCAUCGCGGCUACUCUGGACAAGAACGCGGCCAGUGAGUCCUACGAGAACUGGGCCAAGUUGGCUAACAAGACGGUCCCCGGGGAGUGCUCCGGUGGUGGUGGUGGCAACGAGCCGACUCCAGUUCCUGUACCUGACGGUGCGACCUACGACUACAUUGUCGUCGGUGGCGGUGCCGGAGGUAUCCCUGUCGCUGAUCGACUCAGCGAGGCUGGACACCGCGUACUUUUGAUUGAGAAGGGCCCUCCGUCCUCUGGACGCUGGGGCGGCACGAUGAAGCCCGAAUGGUUGGACGGUACCAACCUGACGCGGUUUGAUGUGCCCGGCUUGUGCAACCAGAUCUGGGUUGACUCGAACGGCAUUGCUUGCAGUGAUACCGACCAGAUGGCGGGAUGCGUUUUGGGUGGUGGAACAGCAAUCAAUGCUGGGUUGUGGUGGAGGCCGAACCCAGUCGACUGGGAUCAUGUCUUCCCCUCGGGAUGGCGAUCGGGGGAAAUGCAGCCCUCUAUAGACCGUGUAUUCUCGCGUAUCCCGGGGACUGUUCAUCCCUCUGUCGAUGGAAAGCUUUACCUGCACGAAGGAGCCAAUAUGCUGUCACGGGGCUUGAAAGCGGCAGGAUGGCAAUCCAUCACUCUCAACGAUCAACCAGCUCAGAAGACUAAGACGUUUGGAGACGCACCGUUUAUGUUCUCCCAAGGUGAGCGAGGAGGACCCAUGGGGACGUACCUGGUGUCGGCCAGCGAGAGGGAUAACUUUGACCGGUGGUCCAAUACUACUGUCAGGAGGGUCAUCCGUGAGGGUGGACGCAUCACCGGCGUUGAGGUUGAGGCGACCCUGGAUGGUGGCUAUGCUGGCACAGUCAAUGUGACUGCUAAGACGGGCCGAGUCAUUCUUUCGGCCGGAACAUUCGGAUCUGCCAAGGUCCUAAUGCGAAGCGGUAUCGGUCCAAAGGACCAGCUAGCCGUUGUCAAGAAUUCUACUACCGAUGGAAAGACAAUGAUUGCUGAGUCGGAGUGGAUUGAACUUCCUGUCGGUCACAACUUGGUCGACCACGUCAAUACCGACGUGGUGAUCACUCACCCUGAUGUUGUCAACUAUGACUUCAAAGCAGCCUAUAAGACCCCCAUUGAAAGCGAUAAGCAGAGUUAUCUGAGUAACCGUACCGGUAUCCUCGCCCAGGCUGCACCUAACAUCGGUCCUAUAAUCUUCGACGAGGUCACCGGCUCUGACGGUAUCAAACGACAAAUCCAAUGGACUGCUCGCGUGGAAGGCGGCCACGACAUCCCGGAUGGACACGCUAUGGUUAUCAGUCAAUACCUUGGACGAGGCUCAACCUCUCGCGGUCGUAUGACCAUCACUCCUGGGCUGGACACGGUGGUCUCGACGGUGCCAUUUCUGCGGGAUGAAGCCGACAUUGACGCCGUGAUCAAGGGUAUCCAGAACCUUAAAAGGGCUCUGAACAGCACCGAAGUUACCUGGAAAUAUCCUGCUGCAAACGUCACCAUCCCUGAGUUUGUCAAGACUAUGCCAAUCAACACUGGAACCCGACGGGCGAAUCACUGGAUGGGAACCAACAAAAUGGGCACAGACGACGGCCGCACCGGAGGAACCGCCGUGGUAGAUGUGAACACCAAGGUCUACGGAACUGACAACUUGUUCGUGGUGGAUGCCAGUAUCUUCCCCGGAAUGAUCACUUCCAACCCUUCGGCAUACAUUGUGACUGUCGCAGAGCGUGCGGCGGAACGUAUUCUCGCGCUGUGA